AUGACGGCCAUGCAGACCAGCAUGUUGCCAACAACGCCAGCAACAACAAGUCCGAACAACAGCAGAAACCAAAAUUUUAAAGGUCCAGAAAAGAGCAUCAAGGAUACUAGAGAAAUGCGGAAAAUUAAGCUGCAAAGAAAAGUUGAAACUUUCAAGAUGGCCCUGGUUGGAUGUUGGUAUCAAAGGAGUUCUCACUCAGCAGGCACGAAGCUCAUUACGCUGGGAACUUCAAAAAGAAUGUUGGAAAAUUUAAAAUUCAUUAACAGAAUAGUAAAUGACCAAAAUGAUCUACUUGAAGACCUGCUUUUAAUCAGGCAGAGUUUGAUGGAGAUUGGACUUUUAAGUCCAUUACAUGGCCCGAGAUUCAAAUAUCUUCAGUUGGUAGAGCCAAAUUUCUUUUUCAGUCCAUUUUAUUCGCAAAAAAGUGAGUCAGCCUAG